GUACUAACGCAUAGCCCCUCCUCCAGGGCGGGACCCCAGCUGCCGGCAAGGGCUGGAAGAUGGCGGCGCCCAACGACCAGGUGGUAGCCGGUGAUUUCGGGUCAUGGCUGGAUCAGCGGCUAGAGGCGCUGGGGAUGGAUCCUGAGGUGUACCCGGCCUACAUCCAGGGGGUGCUGCGGGAGGAGGACAAUCCCGAGGAGAGGGACGAGGCGCUAAGGGGCAUCCUGGCUGCUUUUCUGGAGGAAGACUCAGUAGAAGAUGUGUGUCUAGAAAUUGUUACCAAGUGGUGUGCAGCUCAGGAAGCCGCAACAGCCCAGGCAAAACCAGAAGAUGAGGUGGAAGCUCUUGCCAGCAUGAUAGAGAAACAGGCACAAAUUGUGGUAAGGCCCAAAGAGGUAUCUGGAGAAGAGCAGAAGAGAAAAGCUGCUCUGCUGGCGCAGUAUGCUAAUGUCACAGAUGAUGAAGAUGAAGAAACAGAUUCUGGUACCUCCGGACGCUCUGCUAUACACCCCCACAAAUCACUCUUCAAGAAUACCAACCUGACAGACAUUCUCAAUGCCAAGAAACAUGAAAGAGAUGCAAUGCGGGAGGCAUCUCAGAAGAAAAAAGAGCAAGACAAGCAGCAGCGGGAGAAGGACAAACAAGCCAAGCAGGAGCGCAAAGAAAAGGAGAAAAAGCGCACACAAAAGGGAGAGCGCAAGCGAUAAGUUGGCUGUGCAACAGACUGUGGCAUAGGUUGGGUGGAGGGCUGUAGUGGACAUAACUUCUGCAGUGAUACUACAGAAAUUUUCCUGUUGAAUGGUAAGGUCCUUCAGAAUUGAAUCAAUGCCUCAUUUCUGGUCAAUCCUGCCUCUAUACAUUAACUUGUGUUGCCAAAACUAAUGGUAAAUGAAGUGGAAGCAAAAGAAAAUGCCAACUUAAUUUUACAAGAGUUGAGAUUGUUAAUAAAUCCAAACAUUGUCUUUGUUUUCCCCCUUACCUAGUGACCUCUAUCUGGUGCCUAAACGGUAUAGCCAUUAGCUCACAGGGCACAUCUUGACCAGCAGAAGAUAUAAGGGGAUUGUAAAAUGAUAAAAUGUGGAAACUUUUCAUAGGCACUGAAAAUAUAUUUAUACAUUUGUAAAUUAUAUCAAAUAAAACACAGCCUGGCACCCUGA